AGUGCCGAUCCCUGCGCUCGGUGAUAAUCCGGGUGCCGGAGGUGGUGAAAUCCGGCGACUCCGUGACCCUCUCCUGCGACUACGAUCUUGAACAGGCUGCUCUCUACACCAUCAAGUGGUACCGGAACCAUGAGGAAUUCUAUCGAUUCGUUCCCAAGGAAUCGCCACCCUCCAAAGCAUUCUCAGUACCCUUCAUUAACGUCGACGUGUCGAAAUCCGGUCCAACAACGGUAACAUUGAGGGGAGUACGACGGGAAUUGACCGGGAAGUAUGCGUGUGAAGUUUCCGCAGAUGCGCCUCUAUUCCACACCGAAAUAAUGGCGGCCCACAUGACUGUUGCAGAACUUCCCAACGGAGGGGUCGACCUCAACGUGCAACCCCCGAAAGCAGAAAUUGGCAAAAGAGUGACGGCCGAUUGUACGUCUCCAGGAUCCGAUCCGGCGGCAAACAUCACAUGGUUUAUUAACAGCGAAAAGGUUAAUCAUCAAACUAGAAAUGUAAGACUUUAUCCGACAAGGAUUGAAACGGACUCGGCACUUGGUCUUCAUUCGGCAAAGUCGAAAUUGGAAAUCACGGUCGACAAAACUCACUUCGGUAAUAAAAACAACAUUGCCAUCAGAUGCGAAGGGAACGUAUUUUCUUUGUGGAAAAGAACUGCCGACGCUUUUGUUCAAGGCGAUACACCCCAACUUGCGCCCUUCAUGGAGCCCACCUCGUCCCAAAGUCACACAGGAAAUAAUCCCCGUCUUCGUAACAAGAGCAGUAAAUUCUCCGCUUUUCCUCAAGAAUUUCUUGUAAUCCUGUGCGUUUUGCUCCUCAAGAGUUAGCUUGUAGGCUAAAUAUUUGAAUGUAUGUAAAUUUUUAUAUGUAUACGUAAGAUAAUAUCUCCUUAAGGUUGUUGUUUUGUAUAGAUCUAAAGCGCUGUGUUAAAUAAAUUUCAUUGGGAGGUA